AACAAAACGAGAGAUGACCAGUGUUUAUGUAAAUAUUAUGGUCAACACCGCCUCCAUCUUCUUAUCCACGCCUGCUUCAUCUAUUUACCUUACCAACCUACCUGGCUAUUAUUCCAGCGCACUUAUCUGCUAGUCAGGUAAAGCCACCCCUACAAGUCACCUUGUUUGCAUCCGUGCAUGUAUGAGGUUAACUACAACAACGGAAGCCAGUAAAACUAUCUGCGUUGUAAAAAGUGAUCAAAGCAGGCAAACGCUCUUCGUUGUGUUUCCAAUUGUACUGGAUGUUUCUCUUAUGUAACAAAGUGGAUUGAGUGGGGGGUACAGAAAAAAGAAGACGAAGGAGAAGAAGAGGAAAUAGGAGAAAGAAAAUAGAAAGAGAGAGAGAAACGCAUUUUGAGAGAGUCAGUUGGAUAAAAAUACUACUAUCGAAAAGACGUGCAUCUUUCCAUCAAACGAAAACCAAAGAGCCUGACCCGCGGAGUCAGCAAAUUUUGGUUCCUCAACAUGAGAAACGCUGUCUUAUCCCUCGUGAUUUUGGUGGCAACAUUACAAACAACAGAAUCCUUAAAAACCUGUCAGACUAAAGAUGGAGUGAAAUCCGUUCCCUGUAACCACGGCGACUGCUCCAGCGAUGGCAGCUGCUUAUGCCAACCUUGUUGGAAAGGUGCAUUCUGCGAUAUAUUCGUGAAUAAAUAUGAACCGACCUUCGAUCGACUUGAACACAACAUUGUGACCAAUGUAGAUGUACACAGUGGAGAACGGAUACUCCGAGUUAAUGCUAGUGACCAAGAUUUCAGCACAACAUGUAGCAGACAGCUGCCAUGCGAUUGUGCUAAUAUAAGCUACAGCAUCCUGAGUGGCAAUCAGGAAUCGAAGUUUAUGAUUGAUCCCGACACAGGUAUCAUUUCCUUGGCAAAUGGAGCAAGACGAUCCGAUGAUGCUAGGUACUUUCUUGAAAUAGUGGCCAGAAACCCCAACAAAGACUAUGGUGAUGUUUCCAAGGAAACGUACUCAGUGACUUCCGUUCACAUUCUCUUACCAGGCAAGAAAGAACAUGAUAACGAAUACCACGGUGACCAUCACCUAUCACGUCAUAAAAGGUAUGCACCCGCAAACCCCAUACCAACAAACACCACUUUUGAACUGGAGCAGGUGGGUGCGCCAGUGACAUAUGUUGAAAAAGGUAUGGCGCUUACCUUUGAACUCUACCUGCAUUUCGCAUUAGGGACUACUGAUCUGUUGGUGGAAAUCUUCACACCGGUUAACCAAACUGAAAUAUUCACAUUGUGUAAACCUACCAUUACUCAUGUCGGUUCUAAUAUCCAAUACGAUGAGAGACCACCUCUUAUAGACAGGAGUGAAACGACGGGUGUGGAUAAUCGAGCAGUUUUUGAACUGGGUAACGUCACUAACUCCGGAACUGCAACCAGUAAUUACGAAGACAGUAUCAUAAAGAUAGUGUUUACCGUUAUCAUGAUCGAUCCUGCAACGGAUCCUUCAGUUAAUGGUAAAUCCUUUUGGCUCAGUGCUGGUGUUGAAUACAACAACAAAGACGACAUUUGGAUUGGUCAAAAAUCUUUUAUUGCCAUGCAAGUUACCAACUUCACUGCAACCCCUGCUUCGUUUAAUCUGAGUGGACCCUCUGAAGUUAGCGUGGACGCCGCAGCUUUGUUUAAUCUGGAGUUAAACCUUCCUAUUUUAGCCAACGAAGUGAAAAUAGAUGUGUUCUCUCCUUUGGACUUACCAUCCGUAAUGACUGUAUGUAACAUAAGAGUUACAGGACAUGGCAGUAAUUUUGAAUGUUUAGACACGUCGAAUAUAUCAAGUAGUCUCACUGCAUCUGAAAUAGAUUCGGGGUAUUCAAGAGGACAUCUGGAUAUGGGAUACGUCACCAAUUCAAUGUUACGAUCAAAUACGUAUGAUAGUAGUGAAGACUACUUUAAUGUACAGUUUACAAUUAGUACAUUUAAUGACACAUCCUUAAUUGGAAAAACGGUAUACGUCGGAGCUGCUGUCAUGAUGGGACCCGAUUAUAUCUGGACGACGCGCAAACCAAUUCUGAUAAAAGACGUUCAACCAUUCACAGAUGCGCAGACCGUUCAAUCUUCAAUUGAUGGAGGGAAACUAACUGUACGCGCCAAUGAACCAGCCAUCACUUUCAUUCAUCUUUACAUUCCAAAUGAAGGCGUAUGUAACAUCGCUAUCAAAUUGAGUUUACCGCCAGCUUCAUUGUCAUCAUUUGAUAUUUGCAAAUUAUCUGUAGUAAGCAGCGGAAUCAACAUACCUUGUAUGAAAGAGAAGCAAAAGUUCUAUCUGAAUGCGGAAGGCGAAGCAUUUUUGAAUCUUGGAACAGUAACGGCAUUCAAGGCAGGCAACGAAACAGAUAAUGGAAUUAUAAUACAACUGGUAGUUAAACCCAGAGACUCUAUUACAAAAGGAACUUACGUUGUAAAUGCAGAAGUAACGUCGGAAUCAACGACAACCGUUGUCACACCGUUGACUUAUAACGUUAAUGUUUUCAACGACUCCAUUACAGCAAAUGAUACUUAUAAACCAGUAGGUGCAAUAAGCGUACAGAACGACAAACAGACAAUUUUACAAGGAGAAAGUACAAGAGUCUCUGUAAACAUCACUUUCCCGGAGGCAGCAACAAUCCCUGUGAUAGAAAUUGAGUCGUUCGCGGUGGGGGCUAAUGGAAUGCACCUGUUCACUCUUUGCAAAGCAGAGAUUGCGUGGGUCGGCAGAAAUAUACAAUGUCUGAAUUUAACGAGGACCAAGGAGCUGAUGCAAUUCACAGUGAAGCCGGAAUCAGAUGACUUUGAUUACAAAGUGAAAGUACCCUUUGAAGAUAUAUGCUUGACAGAUCUAUUCACGGAACCAUAUGACAACACUAUAACUAUAGAUCUAACCUACAGACUCGAUGCUGCAAUUCCCGGUAACAAAACAUGGAUUACGGCAGGUUUGACAUUGAAUAAAAAAUUGUGGGUCGGCCAAGUUGCCAUUCAGGAGAAAACUGGUAUCGCAGAUGUCAUGCCUAACGGACCGCAACGUGUCGACUUCAGUGAAGUGAAAACGAUGACCACUUUACCAAUCUCUUACAUACAAGGCUAUAACAUCAGCAUCAAGAUUCCGCCUUUGUCUGCGGCCAAAGUAGUGGUGAAGGUCUCAAGCGAUUCACCUGACCUUUCUAUCUGCUCAGUACGACUAGUAGCCAAAGGAUCGAAUAUCGGAUGCGUGAAGAAUAUAACCACAGAAGUUCUGGAGACGAAUUCCCUUCUCAGGAAAUCUAUUGAAGUAGAUUUUGGACCCAUUACGAAUCUCGGGCCCCAUGGAAUCCACCAGAGCAUUAACUUUGAUAAAAGCACUGUAAUACUACAAGCGUUGGUCAGUUUUAAAACUGCUUCGACAGGUAAUUUGAACAUAGAUGUCACACUGGGCACUAGGCCUCCCAUUACCAAAACAUACGCAUUAACAUCAACUGCAAAUGCAACCGGCGCCAAUUAUACUAAUGUAGUGCAAAAUGUAUUGAGUUUUGUGGCACCCAUUGCAAAUAGAACCAGUACAGAUGUGAACAAAGGGGAAGCGAAAAGAGUGGUCAUACAGUUUUAUGUCUCCCCAGAGACAUUCCAAGGCAUGAAAUUUCAAACGAGAGUCGACAAAAUUGGAAUGGUUGAAAUUUGUGACUACAAUAUCAUUCAUUCUGGUGUCAACAUACCUUGUUUGGACCGGACGCUAAUUAAAGGACAAAAUAUUUCAAAGGAAGAAUGGAAGAUCGAAGCGAAUAUUUGUUCGUGGCCAGUCAAUGAGGAAGAUCCGGAGAGUAACAAGGUUCAAGUAGAAGCUAUCGUCAAAGUGCCCAAGGACAGCGCCAUCCCAUUAAACGACGUGAUUAGUGUUAUAACUGAUAUUUACAUCAACGAUUCUCUGGUGGAGACCUCACAAGUGCAGCUCACCGUGGUCGAUGCAUUUACAGAAGACUUCAUGGAUUGGAUGACGAAUGACAACACAACAAAUUUUAUAAGUCUUUCUGGAACACCAGUUACGAGCGCUGCGAUUGGAGAAGUCUUUGAUUUGAAUAUAAACUUAUCCAUUCCAGUUAAUUCAACAAGCCUUGUUAAAUUCAAUGUUUCUGUACCAGUGAGCGAAACUGCACGUAUGACCAUACAAGAUAUUAAAUACAAUGGCUCAGACGAAGAUAUUGCUUGCCAAGACUUCGCUGAAGCUAAUUAUGCCUCAACCAAAAGUACCAGUCAAAUGGAUAUGGGCGAAAUGGAUUUUGGUAUUGUCACUAAUACAGGUGUAAGCCGCCGAAUAUUGCAACAAGAGGAGCUAUAUUUCAGUACAAUUCAUGUUAUUUUAACAUUACAAAUGGCAGAUGCCAAGGACAAUAUAGAUCAAGCAGAGCAGAACAUUACGAUGGAACUUCGAGUGGGUAGUUUUACCGGUACUCUUUAUCAUAUUGUGAAAGUCAAUAGAAAUGCUAAUAAUGCUCCGAAAAUAUACUUUGAGGCCGGCUUUAACGAUACGGGAAGACCUUUGUUUAACCAUUUCUUGACUGUUCACGCCUUAAUGAGACUAGAGAAUGACUCGACGGCUGAACUCCGUCCAGCUUUGGCUAUUUUUUACCUGUCACCGUGGGUCCAAUAUGCGGACCGUUUUACUACAAACAAAAUCGGAGCUCCACCCAAUGCAACUUUUGACAAUAAAACAGGAAGACUCGAAUUUAAGUUUCAAGAAUUUCCCUUCACUGACAACGUGAAAUUUUCUUUUGCCGUAUCAAGGAAGCCGUUUUCGUACACCAAACCGUUAGUGAACUCCACGACACCAUACGAAGCCGGUGGUUAUAUCACGCACCACCCUGGCAGCAGCUUUGCUCCGGACUAUUUCUUCUCAUCACCUAUGAACGCAUUCAUGUUCACUGUUCAGAUUCCUACAGAUACACAGUCGACCUGCGCACAGUUACUGAACAUCAACGAAUGCCAGAUCACCGUUCCAUUUGAAUCAAAGUAUCAAUCUGGAGUCUUCCGUGCAUUUAUACGCAGCAACAUGUAUGCAGCCGAGCGAUACCUGCAAGUCUACUUUGGCAACACAGUUAAAGUGGAAAAGAUAUCAAUACUUAUGGAACACUAUACAACAGGACCCGUAAAAGUUUUUAAAAUGGCUUACAGUGACGAUGGUAUGAGCUGGGUAUCGGGACCAAUGGUCACAGUAGAUCAUCUACUCAAUGUAAGCAUUCCAAGGCCACAAGAAUCUAGAUAUCUUCGCUUCUUCGUUGUGGAACAUCAUGGCAAUGAAGACAAUUUAGUUGCUCUCAAACUAGAACUUUUCGGCUGUCAAAUAUCCACUGAUGUAGCAGAUGUUUGUGCAAACGCUCCGACAGUGCAGGACCCUACCGGAUGGUACCACAGAGGAUUUUUAGAAGUGGAUUCGAAAGUUUUCGUCUGCGAUGCCAAUCCUAAGAAAGACUUACGGAUGUUCUGCUAUUAUUCAGAAGAUGGUGUCAGUUGGUAUCCACUUGAUACACGAUUGGGAAACGUGAAUGUCUACGACAAGGAAAAGAAAGUGUUGUAUGGCAUCUCCAAUGAUAAAGUCUCCUAUAUGUCAAGCAACGAUGGAUUCUUUUGGAAAUCCGUGGAACCAGCAACAGUCAUUGAUUUAAUAAAUGGAUGCGAUCUUUCAAAAUGUACCAAAGUAAAGACCGUUCCUUGGCAAAAUGGCACCACUCUUGGUAGAGAUACAGUAUCUCGCGACUUUGAAAUGGUCAACUGGGGAGCAUCGUACAAUGGACUUUUCAAGAAGCUGAGUAACGGUACCUGGGAGUAUAAAGCAGACUGGUCAAAGUGUGGCCCUUAAGAUGCAGCAUCCGCUUCACACACACACACACACACAUAUAUAUAUAUGUAUAUAUAUGCACUUAUGUAAAACAUUUAAUAUAUCUCUUAUGGCUGUUUAGCUAUUUUAUGUUCUUCACCAACUUACCAGACUGUCCACAUACACUUGCAUACACACACACACAUAUAAUAAUAUAGACACCAGCUUGCUUGUCUCCUUAUUUACACACCUGAAAGAUGAAAAGAUAACUAACAGUUCUGUAUUAUUUCCAUCUCUAUUUACCUUAAAAAUACCAAAAGCUACCAGAAAUAAAAUGAUGUAACGACAAAAAAAGGACAAAAAAAAUAGCAUAAUCUCACUUGUUUGCUUUUCAAUUCCUUUAAUUAUUCUUAUGUUUCAAAAAACAAAAUAAUUGUUUCAAUUUUUAUUAAGUCCCUUAAAUAUAUCUUGUUUUCUUUUCAUUCUAUGUAAAUAAUAUUAGUAAAUAAUAAACAUGACAAUGAUAUACUAAGUU